AUGUCUAUUAUGCUUAAUGGAGGACCAAUUUAUUUUUUUGGUGUUAGUAGAGGCCUUAAACAGGGAGACCUACUUUCUCCAAUCCUGUUUAUUUUAGCUCAAGAUGUUCUUAGUAGGAAUAUUCAUCAAUUAGUUAUGGAAAGAAAAAUUCAGCCAAUUGUGAUAAGAAAUGGUAUUCAUCCUACUCACUUAAUGUUUGCUGAUGACAUCUUCUUGUUUUGCAAUGGAGAUGGUACUUCUGAAACAAGAAAGAGACAGAUUGCUACAUAUUUUCAAAUGGAUCUCUCAGCUUUUCCUGACAAAUAUCUUGGUGUUUUCCUUGCUCAAGGUAAAAUGAAAUCUAUUCGGAUUUGGUAUUUAGUUGAUUAUAUGCAUCUUAGACUAGCUUCAUGGAGUGGUAAGAUUUUAAAUUUUCAAGCUAGGCUCACUCUGUAUGGCAAUGCUGAAGAAAGGAAAUGUAUUACCUUAAAGUGGGACAAUGUUUGUACCUCUAAAAAAGAAGGUUGUCUGGGUAUCAGAAAGUUAGAAGAUGUGAAUAAGGCUCUUUUAAUGAAACUUUUGUGGAAGAUUCUUAACUGCCAGGAUGAAUGGGCUAAUUUCUUUCUUGCUAAGUAUAUGGAUAAAAAUGGAAAAUGGAUUACUUUCUAUAGGAAAUCCUCUGUAUGGAAUGGUAUUAGAUGGGUUCUCCCAGAAUUCAUUGAAAAUACUAAAUGGAUAGUUGGUAAUGGUGCAAAAGUUUCUUUGUGGAAUGAUAGGUGGAUUUUUGAGGAACCAAUAUGCAGGUUAUUUCCUAAUCAUCCUUAUAUUGCCUUUCAUCCCUACCUAAAAGUCCAAGAAUUGAUUGUUGAUAAUCAUUGGUGCUUUCAUGAAGGCUUUUUUCAAUUCUUUAUUAUUGAUCAACUGCCUGUUCUGAAAGAAGGAGAAGACUUCCUUAUCUGGAGUAACACUCACUCUGGGGUUUUCACUGUUUCUGAUGCUAUCAAUAAAAUUAGACUGCACCAACCUAAACUACAUUGGUAUAAAAAGAUCUGGAAUCCUGCAGUGCUACCUUCAACCUCUGCAAGUUAUCAGGCUGUGGAAUUGGCUUUCAGUGCUUAUACUGCUAUGGUUGAAUUUUGGUUCCUAAGUAAUGAAAUUUACUAUGAUGAUGUGAAGCCUGUACUAUCCAAAAUUCAGGGAACUGAAAAUGAGAAAUCUAUCUUACAAUUCUUUAACAUCCAAGUCAGAAAAAUCAGAAGAACAAGAAUUAUUGAAAUCUUUUUUUAUCUGCCAAAUGAGAAUGAUUUGCUAUUAUGCUGUGAUGGGGCUGCUAGAGGUAAUCCAGGAAAUGCAGGCUAUGGCUUUGUGGUAAGAAAUCAUGUUGGAGCUUUUAUCUUUGCAGAAUCUGGUGGUCUGGGGAUUACUACUAACUAUGUAGCAGAAUUCAUAUCUUGUAUCAAAGCUUUAGAAUGGGAAGUUGAGCAACAAUCUGUCCAGCUAAUUCUGCAAUCUGAUUCUAGUAUGUGUGUUACGGCUUUACAGAAACAGAAACUCCAUUGGUUGCUGCUUGCUAGAUGGCAGAAAAUUAUGGAUAGUAUUUACUCUAUCACUUUCAGACAUGCCUACAGAGAGGUAAAUUUCUCAGCUGACCAUUUUGCUAAGAAGGGGACGCGUUUGCAGAAGGGGCAGAUAAUGAGUUUCAAUGAAAGGCCAAGCAACUUGCAAAGGCUUGAAUCCCCAGGGCAACCAUACUACAGAUUUGUUUAG